UUGUAUAACAACACUUCCGGUAACUAGACGCUACGUGUCUCUCACAGAGUGGUCCGAAUUUUGUCUGGAAACAUAAAGAUUUCUUCACUCCUGACAAUAUACAGAUAAGACAGUACCACAGCAUAGAAAAUGCACUAUCUUUUUGUGAUAAUCGCAACUGUAUCAGUUGUAAUGGCUCACGAUUCAUUGCCAGCGGACUUAUCAAAAGAAAUGUACUGUACAGGAUGUAAAGCCACGAUGAAUGAGCUCCAAAGGGUGUUGCAGUAUCACAUCUCUGAGAAAAUGGAGAAGAGAGUGAAAGAUGCAUUGGGAAAAGUGUGUCAUGAAGAUUACUUCCAAAACUACGAGUACAGUGCUAAAAAGCUAGUAAAAGCAUGCAAGCACUUGAUGGACAAUCAUCAAGGUGACCUGGUGCCCCUGUUGGAGGAUUACUUUAGUAAGAAGAGUCGUAAGGGACAAUCCUACUUGUACAUUGCCCACAUCGUCUGCAACAAAGAGACAUUUGCCUGUGGUGGUGUGGAGGAGGAGGACGAUGAUCCCAGGAAAGGAAAGAUUGUCUACAAUGAUGACAAAGAUGACUUUGAUAUCCAUUUUGGGGAAAAUGUUAAGAUGAUGAAACCAGUGCAGGAGUCACAAGCUAGAGAGGAACUUUAAAGGCUAUGUUUGUAUUAAGAAAUACUGUAGUUUAGACUUGAUGUUAGAUAAACUUAUAUUUCAUGUUUAUGUGUAUUACAUAUAUAUAUAAAGUGCACAUGUGUAUUUAUUCUAACAACGUCCCGGAUCACAAACAACAUUACAUUGAAAACGUAUAUAUAUAUAUAAAAUAAUAUUAUGCAAGCAAAUGAUUAAGAUUUCAUAUAAAAGCAUAAUACUUUCUAUGGCAAGAAAUAUUUAUUUGGAAAACAGUUGUAAGGGAGAUAACAAGGAGUAUUUAUAAUGUGUUAGGUCUUGCUACAUGUAUAAUGCAAAACCAUUGAGUGUAUUUUAGAUAACUUUAUUUUUGUUCAUAUUCAUUUUUAUUGUUGUUAGUUCUAUGUAAAAUAUAAUUUACAAGUUAUGCUGAUAAUAUUCCACACCAAUUGAUGUACAACAUCAGAGAAACACAAAGGCUCCUUUUAUAUAUAAGAAAUAUUUUAUCAAUAUGUUUAAUCAUAAAUUGAUGUAGCUACAUGUACCUCAUAAUAAAAUGUUUCUGGAGAUACAAAAAUGUAUUGUUUUUCCAAACAUACACAUAUGUAUUUCUGGCUGUGGAAUCAUUUAAUCAAGAUGCCACACUUGAUUUUCAGGAAAACUUCAUACAUCUUUUUGUUGUAGAUUUUGACCAUGCAAUAAAAGCAUUCCAGUUCUUUAACUGUAGUUAAAAUAUCCUGAAUAUUUUAUCUCGCUGUCAGUUUUCUGAAGUUGAUGAUAAAUGUACUGAGGUGAGACAACAUUCCAGUCCUGUGUAUUAUUACGCAACCUUUAGUUAGUCAUGAUCAUGUUGACUGGUCACUGUCUGCAAAUCAAUAUGCCAUAAUGAUGAAAUCCUGGUUAUGUACACAAUGUCUGUCUUUAUUGUGUAGAUUUGUUAAUGUUGAUUGGACAUUUUCUGUAAAUCUAAUAUGCCAUAAGGUUAAAAUCUUGGUGAGAUUUGUUAUUAUUGUCUUGUAGUGACAACAAAGACAGAAAUUUAUGUAAUACCUUAAUCUGUUCUAAUACUCAUUUUCAAAAUGACAUUAUAUAGAUUUUGAAAUUUAUAUAUUUAAGAAUUAAUUAAAUCUAUAAAAGACCAUGUGCUUGUAAUUUUGCUACAUAAUCAAAAUUAAAAAUAAAAGUGUUUUAAUUACUGCUUAUUCCUUCAAGACAAACUUUAUUGAAUGUGAAUGUGAUGUUAAUUGUGAUUGUUAUCAGAACACUUUUUUUGUAAUGAUCCAAAUUUUCUAUUUUUAUACUGAUUUAUACCUUAAUUGUGAUACAAUCUUUACAAGUUUUAGGUGACGGUUCUCAUCUGUCACAUCAGACAGAUAUCUGUUCUAUUUUUACUUAUUGUUUGAGCAUAUUAUAGGUUUUUGUUGUUUGCAAUAAAAUAUAUUUAUACUUGAA